AUCCCUUCUUUCUCUCACAUCAAACCAGAGAAUCCCAUCCUCUUUCUCUCUAUCUCUCUAUCCAUGGCUGUUGAAGCUACUAUCUCAUCAUCUCUUGGGCCAGCGGCCUGCGAGAAAGAUGCAAAGGCACUUCAAUUCAUCGAAGAGAUGACUCGAAAUGCCGAUGCAGUUCAAGAGAAGGUACUGGCUGAAAUAUUGAGCAGAAACGCUGCAACCGAGUACCUUCAACGAUACAAACUCGACGGGGCCACCGAUCGGGACACGUUCAAAUCAAAGAUCCCAGUGGUCACCUACGAAGAUCUUCAGCCUGAGAUCCAACGCAUUGCGAACGGAGACCGAUCUCCAAUCCUAUCCGCUCAUCCAAUAUCUGAGUUCCUCACAAGCUCUGGGACAUCAGCUGGUGAAAGAAAGCUGAUGCCGACGAUUCCAGAAGAGCUGGAUCGUCGACAGCUCCUCUACAGCCUUCUCAUGCCUGUAAUGAAUCUCUAUGUGCCGGACCUCAACAAGGGAAAGGGUCUGUAUUUCUUGUUCAUCAAAUCAGAAACUAAGACUCCAGGAGGGCUACUGGCACGUCCAGUGCUAACUAGCUACUACAAGAGUGACCACUUCAAGACCAGGCCAUAUGAUCCUUACAAUGUCUACACUAGCCCUAACGAGGCCAUCCUUUGCCCUGACUCUUUCCAAAGCAUGUACACUCAAAUGUUAUGUGGCCUCUAUCAAAGGAUGGAAGUACUUCGAGUCGGUGCUGUGUUCGCGUCCGGCCUCCUCCGAGCCAUUCGGUUCCUUCAUCUACACUGGGAAGAAUUGGCCCAUGAUGUUGCUACUGGGACUCUCAACCCCAAGAUCACAGACUCUUCAAUUCGAGAAGCUGUCUCGGAUCUCAUCAAACCAAAUUCCGAACUCGCACAGCUCAUCACCGAUGAGUGCUCAGGUGGGAAUUUGGAUGGGAUCAUCAGGAGGAUUUGGCCCAACACCAAGUAUCUUGAUGUUAUUGUAACAGGUGCCAUGGCUCAGUACAUUCCCACCCUCGAAUACUACAGUGGGGGUCUACCAAUGGCUUGCACCAUGUAUGCCUCUUCAGAGUGCUACUUUGGUCUUAACCUCAUGCCCAUGUCGAAGCCCUCAGAUGUCUCCUACACCAUCAUGCCCAACAUGGGCUACUUUGAAUUCCUCCUCCAUGAAUCAUCCUCCGAUCAGAUGUGUGAUCCACCUCCCCGUCUCGUUGAUCUUGCCGAUGUAGAAGUCGGCAAGGAGUACGAGCUCGUGAUAACGACCUAUGCAGGACUCUGCCGUUACCGAGUUGGCGACAUACUCCGAGUCAUGGGGUUCCAUAACUCAGCCCCCCAAUUCAAAUUCAUCAGGCGCAAGAACGUUCUCUUAAGCAUAGACUCCGACAAGACCGACGAGUCCGAGCUGCAGAAGGCAGUGGAGAACGCAUCAGAGCUCUUGCGUGGGUUUGACGCUAGUGUGGUGGAGUACACGAGCUAUGCAGACACUAAAACAAUCCCAGGACACUACGUGAUUUACUGGGAGUUGCUGGUGAAAGACCCCACAAAGGGACCGAGUGAAGAAGUGUUGAAUCAGUGUUGUUUGGCCAUGGAAGAGUCGAUGAACUCGGUGUACCGACAAGGACGAGCUGCAGACCACUCGAUCGGGCCGUUGGAGAUAAGGGUAGUGAAAAAUGGGACUUUUGAGGAACUAAUGGACUAUGCUAUCUCAAGGGGUGCAUCGAUUAACCAGUACAAAGUGCCAAGGUGCGUCAACUUCACGCCUAUAAUGGAGCUUCUUGACUCGAGAGUGCUGUCUGCUCAUUUUAGCCCAGCUUGCCCCAAGUGGACUCCUGAACGACGCUAGAUGAAUUUCAGCCGUUCAUCCCCACCGGUUUCCAUCAAAAUCGCUAGCUUGUCGCCGUGGGAUAGAAUAAGCUGUAUAUAUCAUAACAAAAUUAUUAUAGUUUGUUGUAAGCGUUACGUUUUGAAAAUGGUUGUGGUAGUGUCGUCUUUUCUUC